UUGAGUUUUUUUGCCAAUGUAUUUAUGUGUUUAUAUGUUAUGAUCGCGUAGUAAUAUUUAGAGAACAUUAUUUCUUAUGAUUUGUUUCCAAGAAUUAUCAUACCUUGGUAAAAAGUUCAAACUACUAGUACAAAACACAAUUUAUGAAAUGUGAUACAAAGUUAUGACAAUAAAUAAUUGCAAUAUUAGUUAAGCAAUAUAAUAACUUUCUCGACAAUGAUAGACUUAUAGUAAUUAUCUCAUACAAAGGCUUAUUGGGUUUGAUACCAAGGACGAGAACUAAAACUAAAACAAAUUUACAUUAAUAAACUACUUUUGUUGUUAAAACGCUUCGAGAUCAACUAUUUCAAUACUUGUAAUUUUCUUUUGAGCUGGAUAUUUGUAAUUUUUUUCUCCAUAGAGUUAUUGAUUAAUAUUUGUGAGCCUUCAGGAUAAAGAAGAAGAAAACGAAUAAACUUCAUCGAGUGGAGAAUUUUUGUGGACCUCAUCUCCCCGUCUUUGAUCAUAUGUUCUUUUCUUAACUAACUAAAGAUAUUAAGUUGUAUAUUUAACCAAUAUUAAUAAUACUGUUUUGGGUAUAUUACCUUUUUAAAUUAUAUUUUAAAAAUAAAGGGUAACUAUUUCAUAUCUAAGAAACGGAUCAGAUGAAGAUGCAUGGGAUUUGAAGAAGAUCAAGUUCUUCUUCUGUUCUCUUUUCCACUUUGGCCCUAUGUGAUCAAGAAGGGUCAGCUACUUAUCAUCUUUAAGAUAUCGUUUUGGUUAUUACAAGGAAUAUUGAACAUGGAAGUCUUUUAAGAAUCUCACUGUUUGUGUCUCUAUCCGGAAGAGAUAAGAAUCCAAAUGUGUCCAUAGACUUACAACAAAACAAAUAAAUCGUUACAAGUUGAAAAUAAGCAGUAACCAAUAAGAAUGGCGAAGAAGAAAAGAUAGCGAAGCUUCUAAAUUUCUCUAACAAGGAAAAUAAAACUGAAAUCAUUUAUAAGCAAUAGUCUUUUCAGCAACAUUACCCAUAAUAAGCUUCUUUUUCUUGACGGAUGGUGACCAUGACAAUGAUCAUGAUGGCUCCACUAUCUCCAUAACCUACUCCCUUGUAGCAUUAUGUUAUAUAUAGCCCUAUUGAGUUCUUGUAAAUACACAAACCUUAGAGAGCUGUCCUCUUCUUCACUCUAGUUCUCUUACAUAAGAAGAAUCACAAAGAGAAACUGUUUUCAAAGUGAUUAGAUUAUUAAGCUUUGACAGUUAUUAAUGGAAGGUAAAGGACGGGCUGGAUCAUCAACUUCUUCUUCUUUAACCACAGAACUCUUCGGCUCCAAAGACCCUUCCCCGCCGUCUUCUUCCUCCGGAAUCUUUUCCUCCAUUUUCCCUCAUCCUUCUAAGGGUGUUGCAAGAGAUGGUCCAAGCUCCAAACAUGGCUUACAAGCUCAACGUAGAGAAUCUUCAACUGCACAAGAAGACAGAGUUGAGCCAUGUCAUCUAAGCUCUUCUCUUUACUACGGUGGUCAAGACGUAUACUCUCGAUCCACCACAAACCAAACUUACCCUACAGUAAGAAUCGAGCGGCCAAGAAGCGGAGAAGACGAUGCUAAUGGACAGAACUCACAAGAUGUUUCAAGAGGAAACUGGUGGCAAGGUUCUCUUUAUUACUAAAGAACCAGUUCCUUUAGUUUCGUUGUAAAUCUCUCCAGAAACCCAUUAAAGCUCAAGCCACGUACUAAUUAUCUACCGAACCAAUACUUUGUAUAAAUAAGUUAUGGUCAAAAGGGAUAAUUUAUUAGGGGAUUCGAAGAUUAAAAAAUAUCUAGCAAAAUUGUAUUGAAUAGUACUUCUUGUGAUCAACUGUAAGUCUGUAUUAGUGUUAACCCUACUUAUUCUAUCUCAUGUUCAACAUAUUUUAGCA